ACGACUUGUGCCGGUGAGGCGUCCCCGCCUCGGCCUCGGAGGUACCCCACCCUCGCCAUCUGUCGAGUCAGCCCCCAGGGGCGUCUCCCUCCCCGGAGGAAGCUUGUAAGGCGGUUUUUCAAAAUCAGUCUCCUUUCUUAGAGCCUGGAGGGCGCGCUACGUCAUCUUUCUCCCCACCAUCUCAGGCCCGGCCCAAAGACCCGAGGAAAGUUGCUGCACAAAUUCCCGGAGCUCAGCCGCGCCGGGACCAUGUCGGCGGAGACAGCGAACGGCCCCACCGAGGACCAGGUGGAGAUUCUGGAGUACAACUUUAACAGGGUCAACAAGCACCCGGACCCCACCACGCUGUGCCUCAUCGCGGCCGAGGCCGGCCUUUCCGAGGAGGAGACCCUGAAAUGGUUCAAGCAACGCCUGGCCCAGUGGCGGCAAUCAGAAGGCCUGCCCUCAGAGUGCAGAUCCGUUACGGACUAAGGCGGUGGGCAUUGGCACCUUCCCUCCAUGAAGACCAUGUGCUGUUUCUCUCCUCUGCUUAACCAAACUGUUUUGGUUUUUCAGUGUAGUGUUGUGUGUUCCACUAUUAACUGUCCUGCUAUUUAACACAAUGUUAUAUUUUUUAAUGUACAUAAAUAGAAAAGAAAAUAGCAUUGGGAGGCGAACAUUACAACUUCCGCAUAAAGCAAUGGUUGGGACAUUGGUGUGGUUUGCAGCUCCCUUCCAGUCAUGAUGACAGACGGGUGAAAGCCAUUUCAGUUUGCUUUUGACCUUCACCUCCCAGUAGGAUUUUACUGUCCCAUCCACAUCAAGCAAGUAAGAACUCUGUUGAAAAGAUAGCAUAACUGAGAGGGGGAAAUAUUUUCUUCUGAAUCCACUUCCCUAAGUUGUUUUCCUUAUGUUUCGUUUAAAUACAUUGAUGAUUGAGUGAGAAUUCAGAGAAGCCUUUGAGUCAUUCAAUUUUCAUAGAGCAGUUUCUUGGAUUAUAGCUGUAUUUGCUUGGAAAGAAAUCAGAUAGGCUAGAAGACAGGAACUCCAACAACUGGCAGAAAAGCAAGUAACUAAGAAAGAAAAUCCACAAACAGUUCUGAAUUUACCUUAUUUAAAUGCAUUUAUUAAAUUUAUUUUGCUAAAUAAAAUGAACUGCUUUUUGUCUCCGGAAAUGAUAUCCUUAAUAAAACCUUAACUUUUUGUUGAAAAUG